AUGGUGCUGACUGUGAUGCUUCAGAUGGUGGAAGAGAGCCCCACUCUCCUGUGCAGGAUGGAGAUCUGUGUUGCCGAGUCUGAGAAAAGGAGUGGGAAAAAUGCAGUGAACAUGCAGGAGACGUUUACCGUCUACCUUAUUGAAACACGGCCAAUGGAUGCUCUCGCUGAAGGUCGUAACCCAGCCCCCGACUCUCUGUGGAGGAGAUACAGUGAAUUUGAGCUGCUGCGGAACUACCUGUUAGUAACCUUUCCAUACAUCGUGGUCCCUCCUCUGCCCGAGAAGAGGGCAGAGUUCGUGUGGCACAAGCUGUCGGCAGACAACAUGGACCCAGACUUUGUGGAGCGCCGUCGGGUAGGGCUGGAGAACUUCCUGCUGCGUGUGGCAUCACAUCCGGUCCUCUCCAACGACAAGAUCCUCCACCACUUCCUCACCGAGGAACAUGGCUGGAAGGAAGUGGUGUAUGAGACGGGGUUUCAGGCAAAGGCGGAUUCCAGGCUGAAAGCUCUCAGCGCCACCUUCAGGGUGAGAAACCCAGAUAAACGCUUCAUGGACAUGAAACACUACAGUGAUGACCUGCAGUCUCACACAUCUCAGCUGCUCCGGGCACGAGCUAGGGUUGCAGAUCGACUCUACGGCGUCUACAAGGUCCACGGGAACUAUGGGAGGGUCUUCAGUGAGUGGAGCGCCAUAGAGAGAGAGAUGGGGGAUGGGCUGCAGAGUGCCGGUCAUCAUAUGGAUGCAUAUGCUGCCUCAAUAGAUGAUAUCUUAGAAGAAGAGGAACAUUACGCGGACCAACUGAAAGAAUAUCUCUUCUAUGCUGAAGCUCUGAGGGCAGUGUGCAGGAAACAUGAGCUGACCCAGUUUGAGCUCGAGAUGGCCACACAGGACCUGAUAUCCAAGAAGCAGCAGCAUGAGGAGCUCUCUACAGGGAUUGUUCGGACGUUCUCCUUCAAAGGCAUGACCAACAAGCUUUUUGGCCAAGAGGCACCCGAGCAGAGGGAGGCCAGACUGAAGCUGCUGGAGGAGCUGAUAGAGGAGGGGGAGGAGGCGGUCAAGGACAAAACAGUCGAGUGCGAGUGA